GCGUAAACCGUAUCCCUUCAUUCAUCAGUCCGUUUCCUGAAGCCAUUUCUAGACGGAGGAGUCGAGAGUUGAGCUACUUUAUAAUCCGUUGCAUCUGCCUAAAUGCAAUUGCCUAUCGAAAAAUACGCAUUAACAGCCGAUAAAUCAGAUUCCCAUCUGAACUUCGGUCUGAUUAUUUUUUAUAUUUUUGCAGCCGAUUAGCUGUGAAACGUGUUUAAAAGAACGGAGGCAGAAGGGUUACCCGAGUCCUACCAAGAUGAGAAGAGGGAUCUCCUCGGCUCCGGACAAAGUGUUUUUAGCGGGGGUCGGAAGCUCUGCUCUGGACAAUAAUAUCAUUUUAACAACCCUCUCAGAUCGACUUAACCCCGCUUUAUCCAACACAACUUAUUUCCAAAUAAUAACUACCCCUCCGCCUUGCAACAUCACUCAGACCUCCAAUGUAUGUUUAUCAGAGCCUCAGAUAAACAACCUUUACUCAACUCCACAACAAGCUGCAAUCAAUGGAUCGGGACAGCGACCCGCUUUAGGAAGACCACCGGCGAAGAGGCGGUUGGCACUGGACGAUUCGGAUCACCAGUAUCUAGCAGAACCAGCCAAGACACCCAGAGGAAGAGCUGCAUCAGUGGCCAAUGGGAAACACCUAAAGCCGCAAAGAAUUCCAAAGUCUCCGACGGAAAAGACCCGCUAUGAUACCUCUCUGGGUCUGCUCACAAAGAAAUUUGUGGAGCUGCUCGCUCAGUCGUCGGAUGGCGUUCUGGAUCUCAACCAAGCAGCUGAGACUCUGCAGGUUCAGAAAAGACGACUGUAUGACAUCACCAACGUGUUGGAGGGAAUUCACCUGAUAAAGAAGAAAUCCAAGAACAAUAUCCAGUGGAUGGGCUGCAGUCUGUCUGAGGUGGACGGUGCCUUGAGUCAAAGGCAGCGGCUGACGUCUGAGGUCUCUGCCCUGGGGGAAGAGGAGCAGAGGCUGGAGCAGCUCAUCCAGAGAUGCAGCCUGGAUGUGCGGCAUAUGAGCGAGAUGCCAAACAACCAAAAGUUAGCCUAUGUCACCUACCAGGACAUCAGGGAACUGGGAAACCUCCGGGACCAGACGGUUAUAGUGGUUAAAGCUCCUAGUGAAACCAAGCUGGAGGUUCCAGACCCUGAGGAGAGCCUCUCCAUCCAUCUGACGAGUACGAAGGGCCCUAUAGAAGUUCUGUUGUGUCCUGAUGAGGAAAACGACCCCAAGAGUCCAGUCAAGAACGGCAACGUGGACAUCAACGGAAACUCCCCCUUCGUCAAGGUUGUUCAAGAACCCAUCAAUUCCAAAACCACUUCCGGCGGCAACUCCCUCGCACCUCCCCCCCCCUCGAACGAGGCGGUCUCCGUCACGACACUGUCCCCCAUCUCCUCCCCCUUCACCAGUCUUCUGCAGCAAACUGAAGACCAGAUCCCGCUUGCCUUAGGGGCCCUCGGGGGAGCCCUGGGGCCCUUCCUGAACCUGGGCCCCCCCAACCUAGACCAGGACGACUACCUCUUGGGCCUCGGCGAGGGGCAGGGAAUCAGUGACUUGUUUGACGCCUAUGACUUUGACAAGAUUCCAACGCUGGCCCUGGACGACCUCCUCUGCAGCUAGGGGCGGCUGAAAGGAACUUGGAAACUAGCUUUUUUUAAAUCAAUGAUCCAGUAUGCGAGGGAAGAAGACUCGGUCACCUGUACAAUGCUCACCGAUUUGCCCACUGUGUUGCCGAAUUUGGCAUCUUUAAAAUUUGGAAGAAAAUGGACAGUUGUCUCACUAUAUGGGGGGGUAUAGUUGAUUUUUUUUAUUCUUUAGGAGCAAGAAUUUGAAUGCGACCCGACAAAAGAGGAGCGUGUUUCCCGUCGUAGAGCCUAUUCCAUCUCGGUCCUUCUCAAAAGGUUAAAGGAUACCUGGCCAUGAGGGAGAUGCCAUGUGACACAGAACAGUUGGGAUAACGGUUACUUUUCUUACCUAUCUUGUAUACCAAUUAUGUCUGAAAGCCGAUACUGCUGACUGUUGUGCUGAAAGCGAACAUGGACGAGAAAAAAAACAUAACGAAUGCUAUCGCUGUGAACCCGAAACCAAACUAGCUAAUUGUGCCGCGCAAGAUCAAUGAGUUGCUGUAACCGCCUCCUAAGUUCGAAUGAAUGAGUUGAUAGUUUGGUGUUAUGACAUCCUGUAAUGGUAUGUUGUCUGCAGUAGUUUCUAGCCACCCCCGUGCCUGACGAGUACAAUUAUGUGCUUCCUUAUACCUUAGUCCCAAAUCAGUUACUGAGACCUGAUGCAGUUCCCAAUCAGAAGGUACUUUUUUGAAGUUAGCCGAGGAAGUGUCUAAUGUCUUCUAUGGGCAGAAUUGGUAUCCUGCUCGCACCUAAAACGGUCUUCAAACGAGAAGUGACACCACCUCUAACAUGGCAUUAUCGGCUGUUCACACGCCUCGUUUUCUUGACUUUUCAAACCAGACAAAUGUUUUAUCGAUUCCCUCACUAAAUUAUUUGUUGUGUUGGUGCGAGUUGAAUGAUAAAGUUGCGAUAGAAUGUUUUCUACAGUUGGAAGACAAGGCUUGUGUUGUGUUUCAGUCACUGCAUCAUUUUUCUCUGUUCCUCUUGUGCUUGACAGGUGGUAUCCUUAGGUGAGAUGGAAUCGAGUAGGGCCUGGAACAGGACGCUAGGUGCGUUUCAAUCCCCCUAAUUUAAUGCGAACUUUGAAGUAUCGAAUCAGUAAACGGUGAUGGAAACAGCAAAAUUCGCAUCAAAAUCCUCUAAUUCGCAAAAAAGUUUAUCCGCUCGCUUGAGGUGGUUUUUGAGAAAUGCGAAACAGAGUUAAUUCGCAAAAUGGGAGAUGGAAACACAUUUUGCGAAUCAGCUGUGACGUAGCGAACUUUGAACACACAGGACUGACAGUCUUUCCGAUUUCCGCAUAACGACCGGCCAUAGCAACCCUGCCGACAUCAACGUGUAACGUCAUCACCCUAUUCCGCUCCAACAACUUGAUGGAAACGCACCUAAUUCAAAUUACUUUUUUGCGAACUUUCUAAAGAUUCGCAUCACCUUUUAGAUGGAAACGCAGCUAUUGUCAGAUGCGUCCCAUGGAUGUUUUGUAGACUGUAUUCACCCAUAAAUGCCCGCAAAUCCAAGGCUAGCUUGAAGAAAAUGGCUCACUGUCUACUGCUUGUUUAUGACUCCAUACCGUGAACCUGUUCUUGUUACGGUAUUGGAUGAUUUUCUCGAGGGCAAAAGUCAGGCAAAACGGACCUCAGUUUGUCGUUCAUUCAAAGCAAGGCUAUGCAAACUAAAAACCACUCAUUGAUUUAAGAAAACACGCUUCUAAGUUUUAUUUGGGAAAGAACAUGCUUUGCUACAUAUGGCUUUGAGGUACUUUGGGGACAAAGUAUCAUUGGUACCUCUGGGAAAGUAACUAGCCAGACUUUUAGCGGUUUCUCAACAGGUCAUGUCCAUCACACAGAGACCUUAUUUUACGAUGACUCGCAUUUGGUAUGUCAACAAAUACUAAAUAAUUUGUCAACCCCCCACUGAAACUUCAUCCCUAGUCAAAAUACAUUUGAACCGUUUAUAGUUCACUAGCUGAGCAGAGGGUACACAUUUCUGAGAAAGAUUGUGACUUUUUAAAGAUUUAACAAUUCGGCCCACAACUGCCAUAGAUUUCUUACAGGUGUUUUUUUGUUCUUUGUGUAAUUUUUAAUACAUUGUUGAAUUUAAUGUAAUCAAAACGGGAUGGAAGGAAAGAACAUCUGCAUAUCAGCCAGAUUGUUGGAUACCCCAUAGGCCGUAUGGCUGCUUAACUCCCAGUUCUGUUUGUUGCAGAAGGAGAGCCGGGCUGUGUUCACUUGACCCUACACCCGUCUGUAGGGUCAAGUGUUUGACUCUAUUCAUGAGAUGCAGUCAGCUGCCUCUUGAUGUUCACGAUAUCAAGGAGGUAUAGUCCGAAUGUGUGUGGGGGCGUGCGCGUCUUAGAAUUUAAAAUGGCCUACAUUUUUGAGCUUCAGUCUUCGUAUUGCACUUUUGACUUGGAUGACCUUGAUUUGUCACUUUUGCUCGUUUCAGCUUUCAAAUCUGAAAUAUCACGGUCAUAAGUGUGCAUGCCUGAUAAAGGAAAAUCUGGAUAAGUGUAUUUUCUUUUCUUUUCCUCAGACGUUUCAUCCAUAGAUAAUAUUUUUUAGACCAUAGAAAUAUUCGUAUUACAGGAAAUGUCAGGUGGGGCAGUCAGCUGUUGUCUUGCUGAAAAGCAGGAAGGGAUCUGGGAAAAACAACAUAUCAGGGCUAAGUUUUGGUUCGUGCAUUAGCCUUCAUCCACUGUAAUCUCAUAUGUUGGUGUGACAUUUUCAUGACUGCUUAAACCUGUCAAUUCAGAGGUAUAUUUCAUUGCUUUGAUGUCAAAAUAACCCCCUCUUUCAUCUUUACCGUUUUAUUUAUACAGAACUUCCGACGGUUAAAACAUUUUUGUGUGCUAUUCUAAAAGAUGUCUAUGGCUUACUUGUUUUUCACCCAUGAUUAGUUGACCGGAAUCUGGUCAAAAUAUUUGAACAAAGCCUAUUUGUGACUUCAUUGAAGUAACGCUUUGGAACAAGAAUGAAAUGAGGUGGUGCUUUUAAAAGUACAGUGUCCCAAGUAAAGCCAGAUCUGUUGGAGUAUUCAGCAGUGAAAGGCUCGGAUGACGGAAGCCCUCCUGCUCAGAACGACCUGAUUUUUCCAGGGUCAUUCCCGGGGCUACAUGGUGUGAAAUUGCAUUGCAAUAUUGGACGUUUUGAUGCAGAUAAAAUCAGGCCGGUGUGAAACUUGGGUGACAGCCCAAAGAACAUUCCUGGGUAUUGGUCAAAUGUCAAUGUCAUAUGCCUGUUGUGUAGAGUGGGAAUUCUUCUCAGUCCCUCUUUCAGCCAAUCAAUGGUCGAGAGGAAUGCUUUUUAAAUUUAAAAUCCCCCCCCCCCCCCGAAAUGAAGAGCAUUUCACACUUCAGGUUGCACCACGCUUGUAGCAGCCCUUUUGUCUUCGAUCGGUUUAGUUGGUACAUAAUAAAUGAACUAAUCUGGUUAAUCUCCAGGUUUUAGGUUUGAGUGCAUGGAUGAGGUUAGUGUGUGGUGUUGUAUAUUUGGAGGAAACUGGUUCUAGGUGUGUUAUUCAAUUAAAAGUUUUAUUUUCUUUAACAUGCUGUUAAAUGAGACCUUUGAAAUGUAUUUGGAAAAAAAUAUUUUUUUCUACUUUGCGCAUUUGUAAUUGAAAACUUGAUUAAAAGCAAUCUAGCUCUCAA